UUGAAAAGGUGAACGUUCCUCUACUAACCCACUUAGGUAAAUGCAGAUGAGCAUCAGUGGAUUUUUUCUCGAAGUUGUUCUCAAAUUCCAUUAAUAAGACAAGAGGCAUAUAUAAAUGUGAAACUUUUUGGGGAAUCUUCAAACUAAGAUAUUAAGAUGAGCACUGACAUAGUGGAACAGUCUCACCAUGAACAAACAGACAUAGAACAAAAUGGCAUUGACUUCUCCAGACAAAUCAAGACAGAGGACAUGAAUGACUCCCCUCACUCAGUCACCUCUCUGAAGACAUGUCACCUGACACAAGGCUCACCAGUGCAUGGUGGUCAGCUGAGCGGGGAGCUGCCCUCCCUACAUACCAUGCAGCAACUGGUCCUGAUGCCAGGAGCUCACCCAUCAUCCUUCCUGCUCUCACAGACUCAGACAAACCACCAAGCACUUUUGCAGCAGAACCUCUUGUCCCUGCCGCCCCAGAGUCAGUCAGGCCUCUUGCAGCACCAGCCUGGAUUAGCUCUCACACCCCAGGCCAUGAGUCGUUCAGGCCUGGCUGGCUCGUCCAUGGAGGGCCAUCUGGACAUGUCCCACCUACAGGUGCCUAAACACAUGGGAGUUAGCCAACAGGACGAACCUAGUGACCUGGAGGAAUUGGAACAAUUUGCCAAGGCCUUCAAACAGAGACGUAUUAAACUGGGCUUCACUCAGGGCGAUGUAGGUCUGGCUAUGGGGAAACUGUAUGGGAACGACUUCAGCCAAACGACAAUCUCACGUUUCGAGGCCCUGAACCUGAGCUUUAAGAACAUGUGCAAACUGAAGCCCUUACUUGAAAAGUGGUUAAGUGAUGCAGAGAACUCCCCAUCGGAUCCUAUGAGCGCCUCUGCCUCUCUCCCUCCCUUGAUGGAAGGAUAUGGCAGGAAGAGGAAAAAGAGGACGAGUAUCGAAACCAACAUCAAGCUAACCCUGGAAAAACGCUUCAUGGACAACCCCAAGCCCAACUCAGAAGAGAUCACUCUGAUCUCAGACCAACUGUCCAUGGAGAAAGAGGUGGUCCGUGUCUGGUUCUGUAACCGCAGACAGAAAGAGAAAAGAAUCUACUGCCCUGUGUCCAACUCACCUAUGAAGUCUCAUAACUUCAACUCCAGAAUGCAGCCAUCAUGUAACACACUAUUUCAGGCGUCCACAUCCAGAUCAUACAGCCCUCUUGCUUCAGGGGGAGUAUCGUCCAGUUCCUCUCCCAGUAGUCCCAGUCGCGGGCCUUCCCCAGGCACUCUCUCUUCCGCCACCACUACUCUGACCUCCCAGGUCAACCAGUCCUACAGCACUCCAGGGUCAUGGUAUCGAACAUGGAACCCAGCAUCCUAUCACCACUGAAAGAUACUUCCUUAGUAACUGUCCACAAUUAUUCUGAUAACGCAGACAAACUACUGAUGUCAGUAGAGUGAAAGGAAAUAUGUACCUACAACUGUAAUAUAAAAUAAAUUAUGCAAUUGGUAUCAAAUACUCCUUAAUGCAACUGUUUUUUCACUGUGAUAAUCUGUGAGAUGCACAACAGGUAAAUUAUUGCCAGACAAAUGUUCCCUACACAGGAGCAAAUUUCAGACCAGUAUGGCAAUUUUAACUGUUUCCUUUGUUAUUUAUCAUUAGUUAUGGUGCGUUAAGGUACUGUGUGAAGGUGUACAUAUUACAAUGUAAGACAACAAUUGUAUAUGUUGUCCAUUGAUUGUAUUUUUUAUAUUUGUAUGUAUUUGUUUGAACAUUAGUGACAUUGGUAAAAGUUGGGAGUGUAUAGAUUUUGGGGUAAAAUAAAGUUUCUACUGAUCAAUA